CUUUCUACAAUUUCAGAACUACUUAACAAUAAACAUAUAUUCAUAUUUACUAACCCAUGAGUCUAGUAUAGUUAGCUAAUUAGAUUCUUUAAGCAUAUAUUAUUAGGGGUUCAAUACAUUUCUAACUAUGGAUACCCUCGAUAGGAAAAACAAAUAAGAUACAAUAACCAAGACAUUAAAAGAAGUUUGGGUUGAGAAGCUCAAGGUCAGGAUCUCCGGAUUCAUCAAGAUUUAUUAAUCACUGGCAUAAGUGCAGUUUAUGCAUUUACCUAGGCACAAACCGGCAUUAGUGACCCUUGAGUUUCUGGCUUUUUGCUUUAGAUUAAAAAAAAAAUAUAUCAAGUUCUUCAAAAGGUUGUUGAGUUCUUCACCAAUCACCAUAGUGAAUAAUAACUUGGCACCUUGUUGCCUAAUUUUCUUCUCUUUUGUCCGGUCGUCCAAUAAUUCGAUGACCAUAUGAAUAUCAGAAAAACGAAGGGAAAUAUAAUGAAAAGAAAGAAAAUAUGCAAUUCCCAUCAUCCUUAGUCACAUAAUUUUUCUUUCGAAUGAUCAUAAUACAAAUAAUGACUAGUAAUUAACAACCAAAAACUGAUGCCCGUACGUUUCCGGUUAGAUAAGAAUGGAAGAGGUGGAACCACGUAAGCAAGGUUCAAACAGAACAGACUAGUUUUGAUUUUUUGCACUUUUACACUUUUCAACUAGAGCCCACCAAUGUUGUCAACUUCAACUCCAAACCUGAGUUCCCCUCCUUUUUUUUUUUAUUUUCUUUAUAAAUAUGCACAUUCCAUCUUUAGAAAUUCUACGUACCCUUCCUUUCUUCCAUCUUCGCACAAAAAUGGCCUUAACACUUCGUUCUUCAAUCUCUUUUGUAAACCAGAAAGAAACCAAGGCCCUUAAAGCUUUUGAUGAUGUCUCUGCCACAGUUAGCUUUGCAAAGAUUAAGCCAUCUUCCCGCAUUCAAGUAAAGAAUUCGGCGAGGGAAGCAAGUCAUCAUCAGACACACCAGAGAGAUGAGCAACGGGAGAAGGUGCAUGCGCCGUCAGUUGCUCAUCACGACAACCACAAUGUGUCAAAGAGGGUGCCUGUGUAUGUGAUGCUGCCGCUAGACACAGUAACAAUGGGAGGCGGCUUGAACAAGCCGAGAGCAAUGAAUGCAAGUUUGAUGGCUCUGAAAAGUGCCGGCGUUGAAGGGGUAAUGGUUGAUGUAUGGUGGGGUUUGGCGGAGAAAGAUGGACCUCUGAAGUACAACUGGGAAGCCUACGCUGAGCUUGUGCAGAUGGUACAAAUGCAUGGCUUGAAGCUUCAAGUUGUCAUGUCUUUCCAUCAGUGUGGAGGAAAUGUUGGAGACACUUGCAGCAUUCCUCUACCACCAUGGGUGUUGGAAGAGAUCAGCAAGAACCCUGACCUGGUUUAUACAGACAGAUCAGGGAGGAGGAAUCCUGAGUACAUCUCUUUAGGGUGUGAUUCCAUGCCUGUGCUGAAAGGAAGGACUCCCCUCCAAGUUUACUCUGACUACAUGAAGAGCUUCCAUGACAGAUUCAGAAAUUACUUGGGCAGUGUUAUCGUGGAAAUACAAGUAGGUAUGGGUCCUUGUGGGGAGCUAAGAUAUCCAUCAUACCCAGAAAGCAAUGGAACUUGGAGGUUUCCUGGAAUUGGUGAAUUCCAAUGCUACGACAAGUAUAUGAAAGCAUCCUUGGCAGCAGCUGCAGAAGCCAUUGGAAAGAAAGAAUGGGGAACAAGUGGUCCCCAUGACUCUGGCAAGUACAACCAAUUUCCAGACGAUACUGGAUUUUUUAAAAGGGAAGGAACAUGGAACUCCGAAUAUGGACAGUUCUUUCUGGAAUGGUACUCCAGCAAGUUGCUGGAUCAUGGUGACAAGAUUCUUGCAUCUGCCAGAGGAAUAUUUCAGGCAUCUGGGGUCAAACUAUCUGGGAAAAUUGCUGGAAUCCAUUGGCACUACAAAGCAAGGUCACAUGCAGCUGAACUAACCGCCGGAUAUUAUAAUACACGAUUCAAUGAUGGUUAUCUACCAAUUGCUAGAAUGCUGGCAAAACAUGAAGUUAUCUUCAAUUUCACCUGCAUGGAAAUGAAGGACAGAGAGCAGCCUGGCCACGCUAACUGCUCACCAGAGGGGUUAGUACAUCAGGUAAAGAUGGCAACCAAGAUGGCUAGAGUAGAACUUGCAGGCGAAAAUGCCUUGGAAAGAUAUGAUGCAGAUGCAUAUGCUCAAGUUUUGUCAACAAGUAGGUCAGACUCCGGCAACGGACUAACCGCAUUUACAUAUCUAAGAAUGAACAAGAAGUUGUUUGAAGGUGAUAACUGGCGGCACAUGGUGGACUUUGUCAGAAGCAUGUCUGAAGGUGGUAGGAGACAGAGACUCUCAGACGCUGAUUCCCGUGGAAGUGACCUUUAUGUUGGGCACAUCAAGGGAACUCAGAGGGAAAAAUCACAAGAGGCUGCUCUUGUGUGAGAAUGUAUAUAAUAAUAAGCAUGUUCAGGCCUCACGAGAUAGAAUUACGAUGGUUAUACACAAGAAUGGCAUAUGCCAUGUCAAUACCCAUGACGAUCAAGAUAUUAUUUUAUUUCAUUAAUGUAUAUAACUCCAAGUACUAUAGGAGAAAAACUUGAUCUGCUGAUGUAGAAACUCAAUAUAUACUGAUGGUGAUAUUUCAAUCUAUUCCUCUGAACAAUAUACAUAAGCUCCUCUAUGUCAUUUGUUUCCCUCUAACUUAAGAAUCUGUAUAAAUAUGCCAUUUUGUUC